CAGCACCCGCGGAGCGAUGGGGUGGCCGGGGGUGCCCCUGGCCCUGCUGGGGCUGUGCUGGGCGGCGAUGGCCGAGCGGCACACGGUGUUCUGGAACAGCUCCAACCCGCGGUUCCUGUGGAGUGACUACACAGUGGAGGUUCGGCUCAACGACUACCUGGACAUCAUCUGCCCCCACUACGAGGAGGGCAGCGUGGACCCCCGGGUCAUGGAGCGCUACACCCUGUACCUGGUGGAGCUCGAGGAGUUCCAGGCCUGCAAACCCAGCUCCAGGGAGCAGAUCCGCUGGGAAUGCAACAAGCCCAGCGCCCUGCACGGCCCCGAGAAGUUCUCGGAGAAGUUCCAGCGCUUCACACCCUUCACACUGGGCAAGGAGUUCAGGGAGGGGCACAACUACUACUACAUCUCCAAGCCCAUCCACCACCAUGGUGAGGCCUGCCUGAAGCUGAAGGUGACGGUCACUGGCAAAGGCACUCCGGCACCACCUGUCCCGGCCUCAACACAGAAGGGGAGGAUCCAGGCAGAUGACGCGGCCGCGCACGUGCUGAGGAGCGUGGGGCAGAACUCGGCCAUGCGCAGCAGCAGCCGCCCCUUCACCUUCAUCAUCCUCCUCCUGCCCCUCCUGGUGCCACAGGGGCUCUGAGCUGCCCCACGUGCCCGGAGUCGCCGAGGUUGGGGAUCCCCGUGGUCCCCACACGCCUGCCCUGCGUGCAGACGGACCAGGAAAGGAUUUGUCAGUAUUAUGGGACUGAAGGGCCCGAAGCCGUCGGAGCAGCCCCGCUGGCCCUUCCAGGAUGGAAGGAGGAGGCCGAGAGGGAGCCUGGAGCUGGAGGGGCUUCCGUGCCUUGGACUGGAGAGGAGUGGGGGGCUGGCACCCCUGCCCCGCAGCUGAGCUUGCCCACCACCCUCGGGGCUCUCCCGGCGGUGGGCUCGGACUGGGACGUGUCCUGCAGGUGGGGACGUGGGGCGGCACCGGUGGCUCUGCUGACCCCCGGGGUCACCGGCUCGGGGAGCCUGGACAGGCUGGAGACGCCCUGGCAGCCGGAGGAGCGGGGCUGUAGGAAACAUCCCCCUCCCCACCGUGCUGUGCCCUUUCCCCACCCUUCAUCCCCUGGCCCUCCCCCAUCCCCCCCCUCCGCUGGGUGCCGGAGGGGCCCCCCCAGCCAACCCCCCCUUUGUACAGCUUUUUAACAGGGAACUUUUUAUACAAUUGUCAGGAAUAAAUAACCAAAACC